AUGGCGGAUGUCGGGGGGGGAAGUAGUGUUGCCUCCUUCAAUCUCUUUGGUUCAAUUCCACCGGCAUAUGCUUCUGGCGUUUCCCAUUUGGUGAAGAAGCUUCUGUGCGUCGCAUUCCUCUUCCAAUCUCAUCUGAAGAUGCUGUCUUCUUCAGCUUUUUUAGGGUAUGCCUUCCCUAAAUCUCCUCUCUUUCUGCAAUCUCCUCCAUUUGCCUUCCUUCUUUCUCUCCCUUCCUUCCUCAAGCUGCGAUUUUGUUUUCAUUCUCAUUCCCCAGACCCUAAUAGCCUCCGAGACUCCGUAGCUUCCUUCAAUCGCUUGCUCUCCAUGACUCCCCCGCCCUCCAUUAUCGAAAUUGAUAAGAUUUUAGGAUCACUUGCAAAGACUAACCACUCCACCACUGCUAUCUCACUUUAUGCCCAGGCGGAAUUGAAAGGGUUCAAACCAUCUUUUGUUACACUGAACAUUUUGAUCAAUUGCUACUGUCAUGUGGGCGAUAUCACUUCUGCUUUCUCUUCAUCGGGGAAGGAUUUCAAGCGGGGUCAUCGACCAGAUAUGGUAACAAUGAAUACGUUGAUGACAGGACUCUGCAUGAAAGAUGUAGGGCAAGCACUGGAUUUCCACGAUGACUUGCUGACAAAAGGAUUUUGCUUAAAGCUCGGUUACUUAUGGAAUGAUGUUAAUGAGUCCAUAGCAGUGUUCAAUAAGAUGAUCAAAGCUGACUUGACACCUACUGUUCCUAAUACAGUCACUUACAGCUCUCUGAUUGAUGGCUUGUGCAAAGCUAAGAGAAUGUCACAUGUGAAAGAUCUUGUUUAUGAGAUGCGUCACAAUGGUCACGAUCCUGAUAUAAUAACCUACAGUAUCAUAUUGGAUGCAUUUUGCAAAAUGAGACAUCUUGAUGAGGCAAUUGCAUUAUAUCAAGAAAUUGUCAGGGAAUAUAAUUAUAGUGCAGCUUCUUUAGUAAAGUUUGCUGGGGAUAUUGGUCCUAAUUUGUUUGCUCCUUUCAGCUACCCCCAACUUUCAUUAACGUUUACUAGAAACGGUGGUUGA